ACCUUAGUAGUCCGGCUCUUGUUUCUGAUGGGAAGGUUUAUUUUUGAAUGUGUGGGUUCGAUGAGUGAUUACGAGUAAGUGCCAUCGGAGUUAAUCUGAUAUAUGUGUUAAUAAACUAAACGCAUCAGUGAUUAACUUUAGUUAUGAGGGUCGCUGUGUUUGUGCUCGUUAUGUGUUUGAGGAGAAUGCUUCCGGGUUCAACAAAACCAAACUAAAAUUGUCAGCUGGUUUAACAAAACAACAUUAAACUGGACAGCAUUGAACAGUAACGUUAGGCAAGUCAUUCUUAUUUAAAUAUGAGUUUGUAUUAAUAGUAUACAUACACAUAUUUGACCGAGCACUGAAACAUUCUUUGAGCGUAGAAAGCCUACAGACAAUCAAACUGGUAGGCUGAUAUAGAAAGUUAAUCUCCAUGUAAUAAUGUAUUUAAGCAAAACAAUACAAGCAUGAUCCGAGUAAACUUUACCUUUAAAAACGUUCGCUGUAACUGUGAGGUGUUAUAAGAUAAGAGGCGUUCAACUGAUCCAAUGGGAUUUAACUAUGUAUUAAACAGAGGAAGAGGUUUCAUAAACACGUCGUUGCGGAUUGGCUAUAUCCAGAAAUACAUGAAAUCUAAACGAUUUAAUUGAGUUAUCUAUAUUAUCCAAUUAUAUAUAUGGUUAAGGGUUGUGCUAUAUCAAAUAAUGUUGAUAAAUGUGAUUUAUGGUGUUUAAAAAUGGGGUGUAAAUAUCACAUAUUUUUGGCUAUAUCGUCUACUAUACGUAGCUGUAUACUUUUGGUGUUUUUUAAAGAGUUUUUUCUAUGCGGGCCCCUAUAUAUACAGUGUGCCACUCAAUAUGUCAAUCAAUAGUCUGGUAGCUUUAUUUGCAUCCUGAAAAUCCCUAAUUUCACGCUCCCCAGGUGAUCGCCAUGGCGACGACCUCCUCCUCCAGCACCCCCCCGCCCGCCCCGCUCUCUGUGGCGGCCCAGGUGCCCUUCCUCCACCUGUGCACCACCUUGGAGAAGAUCCAGAAAUGCAAACUGCGCCCGGACAAGUCCAGGUUCCUCCGGGACUUCAUGGAUUCUUGGCGUAAGUUCCACGACGCCCUCCACAAGGGCCUGCCCACCACAGACUCCUUCUACCCGGCCAUGCGCCUCCUGGUUCCCUCCUUCGAGCGGGAGCGGGUGGCCUACGGCAUCAAGGAGAACAUGCUGGCCAAGCUCUUCAUCGACGUGCUGGGCCUCCCCAAGAACGGCCCAGAGGCCGACAAGCUGCUGAACUACCGCGCCCCCACCUCCGCCCAGGGCGAGGCGGGGGACUUCGCCAGCAUGGCCUACUUCGUCCUGAAGAAGCGCUGCGCCGGUCAGCAGAGCCUGUCCGUCAAGGAGGUCAACGACUUCCUGGACUCGGUGGCGGCCAACAACGCCAGCAAGCAGAAGGAGCGCGUGCGGAGCAGCCUGCUCCACCUCAUCACGCAGAGCUCGGCGCUGGAGCUGAAGUGGCUGAUCCGCAUGAUCCUGAAGGACAUGAAGCUGGGCAUCAGCAAGGAGACGGUGCUGCAGGCCUUCCACCCCGACGCCAGCGAGCUGUACAACGUCAGCGCCGACCUGGACAAGGUGUGCCGCACGCUGCACAGCCCCGAGACGUCGCUCAGCGAGGCGUGCGUGGCCGUCUUCUCGGCCUUCAAGCCCAUGCUGGCGGCGGUGGCCGACGUGCGGCAGAUCGAGCGGCGCAUGCGCCACGGCGUGUUCUUCCUCGAGACCAAGCUGGACGGCGAGCGCAUGCAGCUGCACAAGGACGGCGACGUGUACAAGUACUUCACGCGCAACGCCUUCGAGUACACGCAGCAGUUCGGCGCCUCGCCGCGGGAGGGCUCGCUGACGCCGCACGUGCACGGGGCGUUCGCGCCGCACGUGGUCAGCUGCAUCCUGGACGGCGAGAUGAUGGCGUACCACCCGACCACGGAGGCCUUCAUGCAGAAGGGCAGCAAGUUCGACAUCAAGCGGCUGACGGACGACUCGGAGCUGCAGACGUGCUACUGCGUGUUCGACGUGCUGCUGGUGAACGGCCGCAAGUUCAGCAAGGAGACGCUGCGGACGCGGGACGAGGCGCUGCAGACGGUGUUCGAGCCCGUCACGGGCCGGAUCCACCUGGUGGCCAAGACGGAGGCCCAGACCACGCAGGAGGUGGUCAACGCCCUCAACGACGCCAUCGACAAGCGCGAGGAGGGCAUCAUGGUGAAGGACCCGCAGUCGCAAUACAAGCCCGACAAGCGAGGCGAGGGCUGGCUGAAGCUGAAGCCCGAGUACGUGGACGGCCUGAUGGACGAGCUGGACCUGCUGAUCGUGGGCGGCUACUGGGGCAAGGGGCGCCGCGGCGGCAUGAUGUCCCACUUCCUGUGCGCCGUGGCCCAGGCGCCCUCACCCGGCGAGCAGCCCAGCGUCUUCCACACGCUCUGCCGCAUCGGCUCGGGGUACACCAUGCAGGAGCUGUACGAGCUGGGCCUCAAGCUGGCCAAGCACUGGAAGGUGUACCGCAAGAACGACCCGCCCGCCUCCAUCCUGUGCGGCACGGAGCGUCCCGAGGUCUACAUCGAGCCGCGCCACUCGGUCAUCGUGCAGGUGAAGGCGGCGGAGAUCGUGGGCAGCGACAUGUACAAGACCAACUGCACGCUGCGCUUCCCCCGCAUCGAGAGGAUCCGCGACGACAAGGAGUGGCACCAGUGCAUGACGCUGUCGGAGCUGGACCGCUUCCGCCACCGCGCCUCGGGGAAGCUGGCGUCGCGGCACCUGCAGCUGGACGGGGACGGCGGCGGCGGCGGCAGCGACGGGCAGCCGGACAAGAAGAAGAAGAGGAAGGCGGCGGCGGCGGCGGCCAAGCCUCGAAGGGUGGUGGGGCUCCUCGACCACUUCAGGCCCCAGGACCUGUCGGCGGUCACCAAGGAGACGGAUAUGUUCGAGGAGGUGGAGUUCUGCGUGCUGAACGGCAGCGAGGAGGACCCCAAGGCCGAGCUGGAGAAGGGCGUGGCCAGGUGCGGCGGUGUGGUCGUCCAGAACCCGGGCCCCGACACCUACUGUGUGAUCGCCGGCGUGGAGAACAUGCGCGUGCGCAACCUGACGCUGGCCGACACCCACGACGUGGUGCGCGCCGACUGGCUCCGCGCCUGCCUGGACGGCGGGCGCGUGGUGCCGUGGCAACCGCGCCACAUGAUCCACAUGACGCCGGCCACGCGCGAACACUUCGCCAAGGAGUACGACGCGCACGGCGACAGCUACUUCGCCGACACAGACGAGCGGCAGCUGCGCGAGGUGUUCGCCCGCGUCGGCGAGGGGGCGGAGCCUGUGGACCCGGGGCAGGUGGAGGAGCGCUACGGGUGGACGGACCUCCCCUCUAGCAUGUUCCGCCAGUGCCGGGUGUACGUGGACCGCCACGCCGACCUAGGACGGCCCGACCCAAAGGCGGCGGCGGCGGCGGCGGGCGGGGAGGCGGCGGGCUACCCAACGCUCUGCCUGGAGACCAGGGAGCUGGAGCUGCGUUACCACGGCGCCACGGUGGUGGGCGAGCUGGAGGAGGGCGUGUCCCACGUGCUGGUCGCCGAGGAGGCCAGGCUGCUGGACCUCCGGACGCUGAGGCGGCUGUUCAAGAAGAAGUUUAAGAUCGUGAGGGAGGCGUGGGUGAGGGAGUCGGUGGAGGCGGGCUUCCUUCAGGACGACGGGGAGUAUCUGGUGUGAUGGAUGGGUCGUCGUCAGGGCGACGCACCGGAAGAGGAUGUCUAUGAGCACUGUUUUAUAAUGCUCGGUGGAUUGGGAUUUUGCUAGGUAGCACUUAGCCAUAUGUUUAUCUGUGUUUGUUUUGCACUUUGUGAGAAUCAGCCUCACAAGUUUCCUCUGCUUGGACGGCUGACAGUAGACAAGUUGAAGCUUGUCGGAAGAUCUUAAGAAAUGAGAUGAAAGUUGCAGUGCAGUUGGAGCGCCCGUUUACCGAAUGAAAAAACAAUGUUUUCUGUUUUAAGGAUAGCUUUUAUAUAUCAUCCAUCAUUAAUGUCUUACCUUUGACUUCAAGUGCUUCGUUAAAUGGGGCUAUUGGGGAUGUGGGUGUCCAUUGAUAGUUUUUAGAGGAUUUACUUCACCUUGACUUGUGUCUUGCCACUUUGAAGGAGAUGCAUAGAAACCAAACUAAUGCCCAAAGCAUGGAAUUCACUGUCGAAGGAAGGAAGGCUUAUUUUAUUCAGCCCUUUUUAUAUAAUAAGUCCUUUUAGUCAGCUGUAACAGAUAGGUUAGAUGGCCAUACACAACAUGAAUCAUGUGUGAGUCAGACACAUCACACCACAGUCUUCUAUUGGUAUUAUUAUCUAAUUUCUUGAUUUUCUUGGUUUUAAUGAUAGAAACGAAUAAAUGUAAUUUUAAAUAUGAUGAAAAAAGUUUUUCCAUUUUUUUUGGUAAAGUACCUCUUCCAAGUUGUUGUUUUUGCAAAAUGAAAUGCUGUUGAGGACAGUGAAUUACAUUAAAUGCUAAGUAAUUAUUUACAUGCAGGAUAGGGAUUUGUUUAUAUCCGAUAUUCAAUGCUCAACAACACCUGAAUGAAAUGUCAAAACGGGAGAGGGUUAUAAGACGACUUCAGGAAGAGGAGGAGGAAGGCUACAGAACAACAUGGACUCCGGGCUCUUCCGGAGAAUGUCACAGGUGUGUCUUGGGAGCCACAGAAUGUGUUGGGCCUGUCAUUACCCUUGCCCCGGGGGCCUGUAUUCGGCGUCCUGGGCAUUGUUUUGGGUAAAUGUCACAUGAAUACAUUCUGUAAGGGGAGAGGCUCAACAAGUUCCUUCCUCAUUUGUAAUCUGGACGUAGUUGAUGGUGUGGAUGUGGAGGCGAAUGCAGGCUACGUCGCGUUUGUUGUGCCUCGUUUAGUUGUCGUUUUGAUUGCAUUGAUCACUUAGAGAUUCGUUCACGUUUUGUAGAUUUAAAGAUGCUGUAGGUAAAAUUGAGGAGCCGUUUUUUUGUGUUAUUUGUUAGAAAUAGCAUAGCGAUCCAUCAGCUAUUAAUGAGUGAAAUUCUCUGUGAGAAUAUUUGUUCAUAGUUGACUGCACCUGCCUCUGGAUGAGACUAUCUGCUCGAGGCUCAUCUCUGACCUGUCGGGGCAUCUCUUCCCUGAUUGGUUCGGGGAAUCCAUCUGGCCUGUCACUCAUAAAUGUGUGAAACGCAACAUUUCUCAUUGGCGGAGAAGGGAGGGAGGAGACGUUUGGUUGCUUGUUUAGCGUCAAAAUCUUCUGCUCUUUUAUAUUCUCUCUCUUUCCUACCACUCUCUAAUCGUAUCUACAGCAUAUUUUAAAGCGAUUCAUUGACAGAUGAGAUUCAUUUAAUAAGAAAAAUUAAUAAACGGUCGUUAAACCAGAAACCCGUUGCGGGACAAUGCUCUGAAAUAAAUCAAAGUGUAUUGGAACAUAGCCCUCAGCCUCCAGGGAGGACUGCUGUAAUCAGCCCUGCGGGUGCUGCCGGUAGGGACUUCCGGUGCUACAGCACAACACUACAGCUCUCAAACAGCCUCUGGAGUCUCUAGCCAAAAUUAAUUAGCUCCCCGCUGAGACAGAGGCUCUACUGUAGGCUCACGUAAUGGAAGCCAAUGAAGCCAUUGUUCUGAGGCGGAUUAGCGCACCUUAAACACAGUGUACCGAAAUAUAUCAUCCCCGCACCUUUUUCGACUUUCCCCCUCUUUGUUUCUUCCGAUGGUUCCCGCAUUCAACCCCAUGGUCCAUAUUUGUUGUUGUUUUGUUGAGGGGUAGAACGGGGUUGUGUUCAAAUAAUCAUCAAACUUUAUCAAAAAUAAAUUGAUGUAGGGCUAUACUACUUUAAGA